GUUAUAUUAUUAUGUUUUUUUAACAAAUCAAUUAAUUAAUAAAAAUGGCUUCAAAUCAAGAUUCUGUGGAAUCAGUAGAUAUUGACAAUACAAAACAAGUACGUAGAGCUUCAAAUCAAAGUUCUGUGGAAUCCGUAGACAUUGCCAAUAGAAAACAUGUACGUAGAGGACCACGUUGUAAUAAUAAUAAUAAUAAUAAACGAAAUAGAACUUGUGGAUGCUCAUCAAGAAUAAGAAAACCAUCCACAGAUCAUUAUAAUUAUAGAUCAUCAUCCAAGUUGAAAAGUAACCGUAUUCACAAUCAUUUGAAAUCAAAACGUUCUUCUGAUCAUAACUGCUACAAUAAUAACACGAAUACUAAUGAAGAAAGUACCAAAGGACUGAUUUAUGAUUCAAAAAAUGGUUUAAUAUUUUAUUGUAAAAAUGAAAAACUUGGCAAAGAUAAACUAAAAGAGUGGCUCUUAGAUGAGCUUGACAAGAUAAAAAAAUUCAAAUGUUUUGAAGAUUUAGUAUAGAUAGACAAUUACCUAAUUAAUUAAAGUGUUAUGUGUGUUCAUUCAUUAAGUUUUUGCUGUUUUA